CUGUGGGAGACGUAUGUGAGUCUCCAAGAGGAACUGAAUCGAGCGGUCAAAGAGAAAGGGCCGUUUGAAAAUGAGAGGAGCAGCCUCACAACGUCCUGGAACACCAGCAAGCAAAGACUGGAGGCCUCCAAGGCGAGGAUGAGGGAAAAGCUCCGGGUAAAUCAAGAAGUCCUGGGGCAACGACGCAAAGAAAUUGAAGAGCGACAGCAGAACCUGGAAGAAUUAAAGACGGCUCAACAAGAAGAGCUCUGUGAGCUGAAGAUGGCGGCAAAAAGUCAGAUAAAGAAGGGGUGCUCAGAGGUGGAAAUGCAGGAGAAGAAGUGCAGCCUGCAGGUGGAGAGAGCCGAGCAAGAAGUCAGCUCUAACAUCCUGAUGAGGAAGCUCGAGCUGGAACAUCAGGAGAAAAUAAAGGAACUAUAUGUGAAACAUGAAGAGCGAGUCAAAGCCGUGGACGAACGUUAUGAAACCUGGGUCAAAGCCAAGAAAGACGAACAAAGCCAGGAAAAUCAAACUCGACUAGACAAGAUCGACGAGGAAAUGAGAGUGAAGCGUGACCGUGUCCUGGAGGAGCAAGACUGCGACUGGACAGGUCUCGACUUUGAGAGGAAACGUCUGAAAAAUAAUGACAACGAAGAUAGUAAGGCGCUGAGGAGUAAACUGUACCACUUGAAGGAAAGGGACAAGCCAGUGGAGAGGAAGAUGGCGGUGGCUUUGCGGCAGAGUGAACGUUUGAAGAAGAGUCUGCAGGUGGAGGAACCAGAACUGUCAGAGAGCUGCAGACUCCUGAACCACAAGAGAAGAGCCACGGCCCAGAGAUUAAAGAGAAGCAAAGCAACAUGCACGCGCAUCCUCAGUGAGAGCCACGACCUGGAUGUGAAGAAUAUCCAGUUGGAGCUGAAAAUCGAACAGGCUGAGAAUGAGAACGACCGGCUGCAGAGGAAGCACACCGAGGCCCUUCUGGACACUCAGCAGAACAACGGGAUGAAGCACCUGCUGCUGGAGAGGAAGAUCCAGAGCCAGACAGAAACCCAGGAGAGGCUGGAGAUUCGACUGUGGGUGGUGCAAGCUGUCGUACAGAAAGACCAAACGGCUCUCAAGAACAUUAAGGAGCUAUUUAAGUCCAAGGAGGCCACCAUCGCAGCCCUGAAGGAUGACAUGCCUCCAGAGUCAAAGGAACCUGUGUAUUUGGGCUUGUCUUUAAACAAGUGGCUUCCACUGGGGACCAAUACCAAACCCACCAAGAAAGCCUCUGAAGAUAAGCAGGGCUCUGACAGCUUGAUGCAGAGUCUGACGACUUUGUGCAUAUCUGACAACGACCCGGUCAGAAGAGACGUCGUCAAACAGAACUCUGUUAGCACCGGACCAGAUGAUGAACUGCUGAGGCUUUCAGAAGCGGCUGCAGGGCCUUAGAUGUUGGAUGGCUGUGCUGC